AUGGACUCUACGGAGCUACCCGGGAUCUUUAGCAAUCUUGAUGUCUUCUGCGACUGGAAUGGCAGACCAGAAGAACCCGUGGCUAUCAAAAUAACCCUCGAUGCUUUGGGCUUGCCAAGCCUUAAUCUCCCUAUCUUGAACGUGCACUAUGCCCAAGUCGUCAACGGCCCGUCGCGAUUCAUCUACUUGAAGAACAGAGAAACAUUAGACCCUGCCCAGAAUGAUUGUGAUACCAAAGAUUUCACCCCGCCUAUCGAGCACAACUAUUUUGAACCCAGGAACGAUCGAUCUUCAAGCGAUACAUGGAAGACAUCUGCCAACAAUGACUCGGGAUCCGGCAGUGUUGUCAUCCAUGGUGGCGGUUCAUGCAAUAUUCCUAUCGACAGACUUGAUGAAAACCCUAUCAAGGACCCUUUCAAAGAUCAAUAUACAAACCCACCCAAAAGUCAUUCCAGAACCCCUCUAUCUCACCGAGAUGGCAGCCUGGCCUCGGUUGAUUCCUUCGGUCCUGGUAUCAAUCAACUGGAUAUGUAUACUCAGGUUGACUCUUUGGAUUGCGCGACCUCCCCGAAAUCUCGCAAGAGAUCUGCCAAGACUGCAUCUUUACCUGAUUCUAUCCCCCCUGACGAUGAGGGCAUUGAGAGCCGUCGCAAGCUUUUAAUGACGGAAUUGGACUUGCAAUCAUCGGGCCCGAUUUUAGAGUCACUACAGGCUGGUAAGAGGCCAACUUUCAGCUUCAUCCCCAUGUCCGUCUCGCUGCCUGCGGGUUUGGAGAAAGAGGAUUUCUCACUUGAGAAUAGCCCGUUGCCAGACUUUGCUCAGGCUUUUGAGUCCAAAAUCAAGGGAUUUGAUUUUACUGAAACACCUACUACUAAUCCCGAGGGCUUCAAGGUUCAUAGCCUUCCGGAUUAUGAAACUCCCAUGCUAAGCCCAGAGAGUUCUUUCAGCAAGUCUGACAAAAACAACACAGGAUCCCUCCCAGAUAAAGGUGCAGAUGCCAAUCUUCCCACUGAAGAGAACAUAGCAAUUCGAGAUGACGAUAACCUGUCUGAAUCUUUGCGGGUGUGCAACGGGAGCCUUGCUGAGACUGGAGACACUGACGAAACGGAUGGCAGCCAGCAUGAGCCCAGUCUUGUUCUGGAAGGCGGGAUUGUGUAUUUCCAGACUCCUCCCGAUGCUCAGCCGAUGAAAUACCGAAUUUGUGUUACUUUUGAAGUAAUUUUGAGAAAGGGUAAAUCACUUGAUUGGUGGGAGUUGGAUCUGAGAGGCCUUCCUCAGCUCGGUUCCUCGGAGUCUAGCUUCCCCGAAUCUGGUGGCUCCGAGUCUGGAUAUCUUUAUUUCCGCACAACUCCAAAUCAGGGAAUGGAGUACGGCACUUCACCGUUUAAGCGAAGCGUCGUUGUGGAAAAUUGCCUGAUGGCCCAGUUCACUACAGGCAAGAGCAUAUUGGGUAGAAACCUCGUGAUUCCACUUCGCAAGUGCAGCGCGGAGCACUACGGCUUUAUUCAUAACUACAAGAUCAAUUCAGUCCUCCGUCUCAACAUGCCCGAGGUUGCCGACUCUGAGGUUGAGGGCGCCGAGUUUGGGGAAUCAUCGAGCCGCGCACUCUUAUAUACUGCCCUGUGUUCCAUUGAUCUCAUUAAUCAUGCAUUUUGCAGUCAACAGUGCAGUUUCCAUAUUUACUUGCACGGUGGGCCGGAAGGCAAGUACUAUGGUCAUCUCGAAGAAAGCGAUUCCGGCCCACCUUGUCUGUUAUUGAACCUAGCUUCCGAUGCCAGAAUUGGUGUUUCUCACAUUGAGAUAACAUGUCCGCCUGAGAUAUUGAAAUUCUUUGCCUUGCAAUGGGAAAGCCACAUUCCAGUUCCUUGGGGGAAGGCCGUGAUUAUGCCGCGUAUCAAGAACACAGAGGACGGUGGACCUGAGAUAGAUCUUCAAAACAAAUUCGCUCUCGGCGAGCAGUAUGUCCCUCCAAUGCCGACCAGUCCUCAGUCACCCUGCACAUAUGCCGAAAGUCAAACCAGUCCAUUCAGUGAAUCAAGGAUAUCAGAGGAGCUCAAGAAAGUGCCCACAAAGAAGUCCAAAAAGGCAAGCCACAUUCUGGGUGGCCUGGGGCGGCGAACGUGGGCAUCUAUCAAAUUUCUUUUUGAUGUAUUUUGCUUCCUAGCCUCUCUGCACACGCUCUAUUUGUCAUACAUCCUUGUCAGUCAUGGUUGCACCGAGCUGACUUCGCCCUAUUGUCGCAAUGGGCUGUUUAUGACUUAUGUUCAUGCUUUGUUUCAUCCCCAAGUGAACACCACAGACAACUACAACGUCACCAACCUCACUUAUACUAGUCCAGUGCAAGAGGUCACUCUACCCAUGAUCGAAGAGCCGGAAUUCGUCCACGCUGAGACUCAGAACAAUGGUACGAUGCCGCUGAGAGACCGCAUUGAUUACUUUCUUGGAUGGACAGGCCCCGUUGUUCGAGGUCGAUACUAG